UCGCCUCAGUGAGGUAAUAACAAACAUGGCGGCGCUCGGUACAGCACGGUGCUUAUUUCGUACCAACUCCUGGGUGAAAAAUGUCCAAAAAAGCAAGCAAAUGUUGGUCAGGUGUACCGUCAGGACGCUUUGUAGUGGAACACAAGAUAACGCCCUUUCAGACCAUGCAACGCCCCAGUUCACAGAUCCAGCUGUGCAGGACGUCCUCACCAGGAUAACAGGCCUGGACCUGGAGAAAGUGUUCCGACCCAUCAAACAGGAGCUGAAGCCGCCCACAUAUAAACUCAUGACUGACGAGCAACUGGAGGAGGCGGUUGAGUUAGCCAAACAGCAGGCGAAGAAGUUGCUGCAGAUGCCCCCCGUCCUGCUGGAGAGGAAGCCCAUCGACGACGUGCUGUCUGAGGACAAGAUCCUGGAUGGCAUGGACACCGCCAAAUACGUCUUCACAGACAUCAGUUUCAGCAUCCCACACAGGGAGAGGUUUGUUGUUGUACGGGAGCCAAACGGGGUCCUUAGGAAGGCAUCAUGGGAGGAGAGAGACCGGCUCAUUCAGGUCUACUUCCCCAAGGAGGGCCGCAAGCUCUCACCGCCUCUCAUCUUCAAGGAGGAGAACCUCAAGAUGGUGUUUUCUCAGGACCGCCACGAGGAUGUGUUGGACUUGUGUCUCGUCCAAUUUGAACCCGACUCCUCAGACUUCAUCAGGGUACACACAACCACCUAUGAGGACCUGGAUAAGCACGGCAAAUACGAUCUGCUGCGCUCCACCCGACACUUCGGGGGCAUGACCUGGUACCUGCUCAACAAUCGCCGGGUGGACGGGCUCAUCGUGGACAUGCUGAAGAGAGAGCAGCUUGAGGAUGCGGUGAGCCUCGUGUCUCUGUUCCACAUGGUGCACCCUCACAGCGAGUCAGCGCAGGAAGCUGCCAGCCAGGAGGCCUGUGGCGCCGACCUGCUGAAGAUUUAUGCCCAGAAGGAGUCGCAGAGGUCGGGCUACAUCGAACUGGCCCUGCAGGCACAUGAACAGAUGGCUGCCGAGAGCUCCAGCGCCUGACCGCACCACUGGAUAGACAGAAAUAUACAAAUCCAUCCUCAUGACGAAUGAUAUCCAUAACCAUAGGGAUUCUGAGAACUUCAUCUCACAGCUUAGUGUUUGGGUUCAAGGGCAGUAUGUGAUCCUCGACUUAAAGCAGAGCUACUCUGGACUUUGAGUGUUAGCUUUGAAACUGAUGAAGAUGCAGUUAGUCAUUUAUCCAUGGGAAAAAGUGUGUCUGUUUGUCUUGAAAUAUGAGUCUAACCUGACGGGUUAAAGUCAAAUGAUGUAAAUAAAAAAUAAAGAUCUUUGUACUAAA